AUGGAAACGUGUUCAGUGUGCGGCGCCAACGAAGGUCCAACCCUCCGACAGUACAACAUGUGUUCGUCCAAGUUCCAUUAUAUGUGCAUCGUGAAAGAAGCCGAGAAGAACGGGUGGCCUGAAGCAGAAGAAGGUCAAGAACUGUGUGCUUUCGAUGCGCUGUCAUCAUCAGCGCAAGACGUACCGCCACAUGCGAAGAAGAAAGGAUGUCUGAAGGGAGCGAAGAACAAGGUGAAGGUGAAAGAUGUGCAAGGCGAGUCUACACCAAAGAAGCGUGGGCGGCCACCGAAGUAG